AUGGACCUCUCGCCGCCUGCAUCGGCUUCAAUGGCUCCCCCCACCAACAAUAAUGGCAUCCCUGAGUCGGAACACGGACCGGCUUCCGCAAACCAUAAUAGCAAUAACAACAACAACAGCCAUGCCAACCACAGCCAUAGUAGCCUCAAUAAUAAUCAUGCGAACGGCGCUGGCGCUGGCGAUGCAUCCUCAGGUGCGAUGAUGGGAGGUGAGCCUGCCGGCCAUGCGCAAAGCCAGCCUACAGGCGCUGCUGCUGCUGCGCAACAACCCAAGGUCGUUCAAACAGCCUUUAUACAUAAGCUGUACAGUCAAUAUUUCAAGCACACCAAUGUUUCCUCCUUCGUGAGACAGUUGAAUAUGUAUGGGUUUCAUAAAGUCAGCGAUGUCUUCCACACAGGAUCUCCUGACUCUCAGAUGUGGGAGUUCAAGCAUGGCAAUGGUAAUUUCAAAAAGGGAGAUGUAGCCGGUCUACGAGAGAUCAAACGUCGCGCAUCAAGACAGACCCUAAUUCAUCGCGACUCUUUUUCGGGACACAAACCAAGUUCUUCUCAACCUGCAACUCCCGCUGAACCGCUUCCCGAAGCAGCUGAUUCCAGAGUGAUCGAUUCCAGACUGCUCAAUACAGAGCACAAUAUCUACGAUCUUCAUGCUCGUCUUUCUCGCAUGGAGGAGAACUAUUCUCAGUUAAACUCCAGAUGUCAAGCCUUGACGGAGAGUUUAGUGCGAUGCCAUCAAUGGUCCAAUUCCAUGUCGCAUUUCGUCAUGUCCAUUGUCCCUGACCCUGAUAACGCGAUUCAUAGAGAUGCUGCCAACAUGCAACGAGAGAUUUCGCGGCAAUUGGAUGCCAUUCGUGCCUAUGAGAAUCCUCACGAGUCGCUCCUAUCCGGUCGACAACCGUACUUUGGCAGCAUGACCCUCCAUUCCGGUCCGCCACUCUCCCCGCGCCAGAUGCCUCAAGACGAGAGCCGGCGCCCCUCCAUGGCCCAAGCUCCUGUUCCAGCCCACCUUGCCGUAUCCCCUCGUCGAUACGGGUCAAUUGGUGCCGCUAACUCAUCACCAAAUUACAACCGCCCCCAAAUCCCACCCCAACAACUUGCCCCUCAUCCCCUCUCCUCUGUAGCGGCCGCAGGCCCUAAUCUCGGCCGCCGUCACACCUCUGCAGACAUUCGCGAACAUGGUUGGGGAGCAACAAACAACAACGCUACCUCACCCUCCGCCCCUAACCACGCUUCCCCUCAAUGGCCACCUUCCCCGCAACAGACCGCUCACCACCCAACCAACACGAACACCAACAACAACUCCAUGAAUCAAGCCCCUCCGCUCCCGACUGCAGACCACCAACAUGUCCGCGAUCUCCUAGCCAGGUAUGAAAUGGGCUGCCCCCGCCGUAACACCAACCAAGACACAUCCAGACACUCCUCCCCGCCGCCGCCCAUAUCUAUCGACCCUGUCGCCGCCCCACCUCAGCUGCCCAGUGCAGCACCGCACCCGCCUUAUCCACAUACAUAUUCGCAAACACAAUCACACCCACACCCACCCCCACAUCCACUCGCUGCACACUCCUCGUCCUCGUCCUCCUCGUUGAACCCGGAAAGUGGAUGGUCCGUUGGCGGGCCGAAAUUCCCUCGCCCGGCUGGGGACUCGUUGCCUGCCACGCGCCGGUCGAGUAUGGCAAGUAAUGUGCAUUCGCUAUUGAAUCCGACGGCGGCGACGGCGGAGCGGGAACGGCCGGGCGAAGAGGAUGGGGUUGGGGAGGAUCGAAAGAGGAAGCGGUUACAAUAA